AUGACAAAAAACCUGAAUAAGAUCACCAAGAAGCUUUCCAAGAAGAAGGGAAAACUGGACUCUCUCCAUGAGAAGAGCAGAGAUGCGGUUCGCCUGCGACGAGCUGGCGGGAGGGAGGAGAAGUUAGCCCGAGCAGCAGCGACGACAAUGAAGGGAAGACAGACAUAUGUGGAUAGAGUAGCCUACUUUAGAGAUUGCACAAAGGACCUUGAGACUCCCCUAACAUCAGAGGGCGUUGUCAGCUUACUCCAGCAGUACCUAGACCGCCUCAAGCCCGAACUACAAGAACAGCAGGAAGCCAGGCGCAAAGGCAGGCCCCCAAGCAAGCGCCAGGAGGUCCUGACAGAGAAGAUCGAGACGGAAGCAAAGGAAUACGAGACAGGGUUCUGGAUGCCAGACUUAGAGUCCGAGGACAGCCUGCGGCGACUGCGAAACUGGAACGAGGAGUGGUCUGCCAUGAGCAACCUCAAGUUUGUCAGACUUACCAAGGCUGGAGAGAAACGGCCGUCGUCGUUUCCACCCAAGGGGCUUUCAUGA